AUGCAUACGGAUGGAUCAAUUGAUGAAAAAAGUGGAGCGAAGAAGAAAGCGGAAAUAGUGACUUAUUACAAUCAACAUAAAAUUGGUGUAGACAUGGUAGACAAAAUGUGUUUAGCGUACAAUGUCCAAAGAGGCACAAGAAGAUGGCCCAUGGUGAUAUUUUCCACCAUCCUGAAUGUUGCUGGUAUCAACAGCCAAGUCAUUUGUCUAGCGAAUGGAAAGAACAUGCCACGUCGCCGAGUUUUUCUCCGCCAACUCGGGAAUGAACUUAUCAGAGAUCAGUUGAUUAGGCGAUCGCAGCUCACAAACAUGCCACGCAUCAUCACGUCACGUCUUCGAGAACUUCUCCCCCAUGAUCAAACACCACAGGCUUCAAGCACCUCUGCAGAUACUCAUGCCGGUAAACGAAAACGCUGCCAACUUUGCUGGGACAAUGAAAAUAAAACAACAAGACUCACCAAAUAUAAGUGCUAUGAAUGCGGCCAAUAUUUAUGCCUGCAACACUGUGACUAUUUUUGUGUCGGUGGCUGUAAAGUUAAUCGGGACAGGAAUGAAAACGAUUCAGAGUGA